AUGAGCAAGGAUGAAGUCAAGUUGAAGCGCAAAGAGCGUGAAAGUGAUUCGAAGGAUCACAAGAAAGAGAAGCGUGAAAGGAAAGAUAAGAAGGAGAAGAAAGAUAAGAAAGAAAAGAAAGAAAAGAAAGAGAAAAAUGACAAGGCUAAGGAACCUAUACCAGAGAUCGGAUCAGAAACCAAAGAGCCUUCUACGCCCAAGCCGGUUUCAAGUGGUGCGUCUGCAGUAUCCACUCGCGAGUUUAUGGAGUCUAAUAAUAUUACGAUUGAAAUGGCUGAGGAAUCGAAUGACAAGCCUCCGAGGCCUAUGCUUUCGUUUGAUGAGCUGCAUGGCAAAAUAGAUGCAAAGUUGAAGGAUCGUUUGGACAUGGAAGGUUUCGAAAAGCCAACGCUGAUUCAAUCUUGCUGCUGGCCCGUGCUUCUCGAAGGACGCGACAUGGUUGGUGUGGCUGAAACAGGUUCUGGUAAAACUCUUGCCUUUGGAAUUCCAGCUUUAGAAUACGUUAUACAACAGUCGCCAUCCAAGAAAGGCAAAGCCAAGAUCCAAGUGCUUGUAAUCGCUCCUACGCGCGAACUGGCUAUCCAGACUCGCGACAACCUGGCUCGUGUAGCCGAGCCCCUUGGAUACGGUGUGUUUUGUCUGUACGGUGGCGUGUCUAAGGGCGAACAGCUGCGCCAAAUGAAGGAAUAUGUUCUGCCUGUACAUAUUGUCGUCGGUACGCCCGGACGUGUACUUGAUCUGGCACGCGAGGGCUCAUUAGAUCUCGGUCGUGUCAGCUAUCUUACUCUGGACGAAGCUGACCGUAUGCUUGACAAGGGUUUCGAGCCAGACAUUCGUGCCAUUAUCGGCAUGACUCGGUCACAUGAAGAGGGACGCCAUACGAACAUGUUUAGUGCUACAUGGCCGCCUGCUGUCCGUGGACUAGCUGAGACAUUCAUGCGCUUGCCAGUUCGUGUGACAGUGGGCAGUGAUGUACUUAGUGCAAAUCGGCGCGUUUCACAAACUGUGGAAGUGCUAGAUGAUGGCCGAAUGAAGGAGCGCCGGCUCAAUUCUUUCCUGCGUUCGAUUGAUGCACAAAAGACCAACGAAAAAAUUCUUAUCUUUGCAUUGUACAAGAAGGAAGCGCAGCGUGUUGAAAAUACACUUCGUCGAUGGGGCUACCGUGUAUCAGGAAUCCACGGUGAUCUGAGCCAACAUGACCGCAUCGCCAAUCUUGAGGCAUUCAGGUCCGCAUCAACUCCUUUGCUUGUGGCAACAGACGUGGCCGCUCGCGGCCUCGAUAUUCCCAAUGUGGAAUACGUCAUCAACUACACAUUCCCGCUCACAAUUGAAGACUAUAUUCACCGUAUUGGCAGAACAGGUCGAGGUGGUAAGUCUGGCAAGGCUCUGACGUUCUUUACGGACGAGGACAAGGCACACGCCGGCGAAUUAAUCCGCGUGUUGAAAGAUGCCGAGCAGCCUGUACCCAAAGAAAUGGACCGAUUCCCUACUACUAUCAAGCGAAAAACGCACUCGAGCUAUGGUGAUCACUACAAGGAACUCGUGCCGGGCAAGGCCAAGAAAAUCACAUUUGACGAUGACGACUAA